AUGGGCUGCUGCCAGAGCCGGACAAGAGGCGAUCCGCCCAAGAAAAGGGAGCCAUCCCCCAGAAUCGACGCCAAGGCCGACCUUUCAGCAGGCUCGGAGCGCGCCCUGCUUGGGGUGAGCGCCGCCUUUCUCCAGGCGCUCGAGACCCAACUCCGCCAGCAGUUUGGUGACGAGUUUGACAAGCUCACCACCUCGGAGAUUUGCACCCGCUACGUCAUGCCGCUGACCAAGGCCCGCGCCUGCGCCUGGGUCGACCUGCUCCUGGAGGACCCCGCACAGCGGCCCCACCUCGCGCCGGCCACCGUGUUUGUGUCCCAUGCCUGGAAGUACAGCUUUGCCACGACCCUGGCUACGGUGCUGUACCACGAGCGGACGGAGGUGCCGGGCGCCUACUACUGGCUCGACCUCGUGCCCAACAACCAGCACGCUGCUGUUGACCUCCCCUACGAGUGGUGGUGCAACACGUUUCAGGAGAACAUCAAGGAGAUUGGGCGGGUGUUGCUGGUCAUGAGCCCCUGGCGCGACCCGGUGCCCAUGACGCGGGCCUGGUGCCUGUUUGAAAUGAUGCACGCGCUGAAUGGGCAGGUGCAGCUGGACAUUCGGCUGCCCGAGGCCGAGGUGGACGGGUUUGUGGACGCUUUGGCGGAGGACAGCGACGCAGUGAUGGACAUGCUUGUGCGGGUGCAGGCGGAAAAGGCCGAGGCGUUCAAGGCCAGUGACCGGGCCAUGAUCUUCCAGACGGUGGAGGCGACGUUGGGCUUUACGGAACUGAACGCCCGGAUCAAGGCGGAGCUGCGGGGGUGGUGCCUGGAGCAGGCACUUGUGGCGGCCAGAGCCCGAGAGGUGGAGGACGGCGAGGGGGCGGGGUUUGCAAGUUUUUGUAUGCAGAUUGGAAAGGUGUUGAGGGAGUUUGGCGAGUACGAGCAAGCGCUCGAGUACUACGGCAAGGCGUUGAAGAUCCGAUUGGCGACGCUGGGCGAGGCGCACCCGGACACGGCCACCACCUACAACAACAUGGCUCUGUGUCUACAACAACCAGGGCCAAACCAGGGCCAGUACGAGCAGGCGCUCGAGUACUACGGCAAGGCGUUGAAGAUCCAACUGGCGACGCUGGGCGAGGCGCACCCGGACACGGCCACCACCUACGACAACAUGGCCAGUGUCUACGACAGCCAGGGCCAGUACGAGCAGGCGCUCGAGUACUACGGCAAGGCGUUGAAGAUCCAAUUGGCGGCGCUGGGCGAGGCGCACCCCGCCACGGCCACCACCUACAACAACAUGGCUGGUGUCUACUAUAACCAGGGCCAGUACGAGCAGGCGCUCGAGUACUACGGCAAGGCGUUGAAGAUCCAACUGGCGACGCUGGGCGAGGAACACCCGGACACGGCCACCACCUACAACAACAUGGCCAGUGUCUACGAGAACCAGGGCCAGUACGAGCAGGCGCUCGAGUACUACGGCAAGGCGUUGAAGAUCCGACUGGCGACGCUGGGCGAGGCGCACCCGGACACGGCCACCACCUUCAACAACAUGGCUUUUGUCUACUACAAACAGGGCCAGUACGAGCAGGCGCUCGAGUACUACGGCAAGGCGUUGAAGAUCCACUUGGCGACGCUGGGCGAGGCGCACCCGCACACGGCCACCACCUACAACAACAUGGCCAUUGUCUACAAGACCAGGGCCAGCGCACCCCUCACGGGCACCACCUUCAACAACAUGGCUUUUGUCUACUACAAGCAGGGCCAGCACGAGCAGGCGCUCGAGUACUACGGCAAGGCGUUGACAAUCCAAUUGGCGACGGUGGGCGAGGCGCACCCGCACACGGGCAUCACCUACAACAACAUGGCCAUUGUCUACAAGACUCAGGGCCAGUAUGAGCAGGCGCUCGAGUACUACGGCAAGGCGUUGAAGAUCAAGUUGGCGACGCUGGGCGAGGCGCACCCCUCUACGCGCCGAGUUCAAUCGGAAAUCUGCGAGCUAACGGGAGCCAG